GUUUACAACCAGCUGACAUCCGGCGUCUUCCCGUCCAUUAGCCACCGAUACACACAGUCAACGAUAUCCAUCUACACUCGAUAUUUUCCCCUUGAAAAGUGCUCCCCGCUGAUUCGUCAACUCAACUGAAUGCAAAAUUUCAUCAUAUUCAUCAGAUGCAGGGCUCUGGCCCCGUCUCCAGCAGCUGAAGCACACCAGUCCUGUCCUCUCUGAUCCACGUCCACGGCCUUCCUCCUUACUGAGCCAUGACCACCCAGAGGGAUCUUGAUAUGGUGCACCUCCGCCUUAUCCUGGUCAGUGGGAAAACUCAAGACUUCACUUUCUCCCCAAAUGACUCAGCCACAGACAUCGCCAAGCAUGUAUUUGAGAACUGGCCUGCAGGAUGGGAGGAGGAGAGGGUGAGCAGUCCCAGCAUACUGCGCCUCAUCUUCCAGGGACGCUUCCUUCAUGGCAACGUUACCCUGGGAGCUCUCAAGCUGCCACCGGGCCGAACAACCGUCAUGCACUUGGUUGCCAGAGAGACUCUUCCAGAGCCCAACUCUCAUGGUCAAAGGAACAGAGAAAAAACCACAGAGAGCAACUGCUGUCUCCUCUUGUAAAGCAACAGAAACCACCCCCAACCUCACGCAUACACACACACACACACACACACACACACACACACACAAAACACACACAUGUAAACAUGCACACACCCUGUUCUCUCCUGCCUGUCAUCCUGUCAGCUGUGGAUUUGGAAUAAAUCACAGGAAGUCUGGUUGGGGCUGCCACUCGCUUUGGUUGAACACUUUGUCUGAUCUGAGGCUUUUUUUUUGUGCCAAUAUAUUCAUCUUUCACCCCCAAACUUUAACUGUGACAGCAGAAUUUGCUCUUGUUGUUCCCUUUUUUAUUUGAAGAACAUGACAUUUAACAGUACCUACGCUUCCUCGCGGAUCUGUUCUCUGCUGGACAAGUUUUAAAGAGCUGUCAUACGUAGUGAAAAAAUCCCAGGAAGUCUUCGCUCUUCAUGGACACAGAAUUGCUAUAAAGGAUGUGUGGGCUAUUACCCUUCCCUACUAGUCACAUGGAUGUUUCCCCAGGUCUUACUGAAUGGUGUUAACCCUCUCACUGCACUUAACCAGUUAGUUAAUUCAGAAGUGUUCACUGUGUUUCAUCGUCAUCUUUUCCCCAAUGGCUGUUUUUUGUUUCGUGGUCAGAGGAAUAGAAAUUCCCCUCGUGGUAGAAAAUGUGCCACCCUCCUCAUGAGACUGUUUCUGCCUCUCACUAACUGAACCGUUCGGUCUGUAUCAGCACCAGUGGCGUUUGUGCCAUUACCUUACACCUGUUUGUUCCUGGCAGUGGACCAGUGGAGAAAAGACUUUCAUUAGGAAGAGCUGUGUCAACACCUGAGGGACGCACAGGUCCACGAGAAACAGGAAAACAGGAACAGACUCCCAGCGAGGCUUGUAAAGACGGAGUCAGAGGAUUCGGUGGAUUGCUUGUGUGCCGUCAGGUGUCGUGUUCACACCUCAGACUUUAUGGACUAGACUGUCGAUGUUCCCUCGUAACAGGAGCUGACACGGCGGGCCAGUUAAACGCAGACAGAAAAGCAGUUGAAGAUGAGAGGGAGGAGUGUCGUCGGUGUGAGAUCCCUCUCCCCUCUACUGGACACUGAGAACGAGGCAGGGGAGAGUUUCUCCCACUUGGAUGAAGAGUUAAAAAGGAAAAUUUUGGUGGUGUUUCACCUCCGUUUCAUUUGGAUGCUGUCUUUACUUCUCGUUUGCCUUUUAUCGUGGAAUUCAGUAAUAUCAUUAAUAUUGAAAUUUAAAUAUAUCGAUUUUUAUCUUGUGUAUAGGUAUUUGUUCAAUUUUAGUGUGGGUGAGUUUGUGUAUGAGUGUGUCUGAGGGUGUGUGAUGCACGUGGCAUACUGUAUGAUGACUAGUGAGGGCAUGUGGUCUUAAAUAAAAAUAAAAAAAAGGUGGUGCACUGGGAGUGUUGGGCUGCAGUUUCUUCAGAAACAGUUGGAAACCUUUUGAUUCCUUCCAUUGACUGUCUUUUGGUUUGUGUUUAUGUCAAUCAGUGUCACUGCUAUGAAGUUUAGCUCAGUAUGAAUAAAUGUAAAAACUAAAUGCAAUGUGGUCUACAUAAAAGCUUGUAUUAUAAAUUAAUAAAUCUUUAAAUAAGGCAA